AGGUGAAAAAGGGGCAGCACAGUAGCAGCAACAGCAUUAGCAAUGGCAGCCCCAACAAAGCCACUAGUAUCCGAUCUUGUCUCAAGUAUAAGCUCUCUCCCUGCAAAUUAUGUUCGUCCAGAAUCCGAUCGUCCCAAUCUCAGUGAGGUUACUCUUGAUUACUCCAUUCCUCUCAUUGAUCUCCAAGGCCUACAUGGACCUGACCAUUCCAAAGUAAUCAAAGAGAUAGCUGAGGCCUGCAAACACUAUGGCUUCUUUCAGGUUAAGAACCAUGGAGUUCCAAAAGAGGUGAUUGACAAGAUGUUGAGUAUAUCAAGGGAAUUCUACCACUUACCGGAGAGUGAGAGGAUGAAGAAUUACUCCGAUGAUCCUAUGAAAACGACGAGACUCUCCACCAGUUUCAAUGUGAAAACUGAGAAAGAUAGACCGCCAACAACUGGAUGCAAAAGCAGGGCAUUAGUGAAUUGCAGCGAGGAGAGGAUCUCUAUCUCGACUUUCUAUUGCCCAUCACCGGAUGCAGUGAUAGGACCUGCUCAGCAGCUGAUUGACGAGGAUCAUCCUCCUCUCUAUAGGAACUAUUUAUACAGUGAAUAUUACCAGAAAUUCUGGAACAGAGGGCUUAACUCCGAAACAUGUUUGGACAUGUUUAAGAAUUAAUACCUUCAUAAAUCCUAAAGAACCAUGUCUGCUCCUUUUCAACAGAAAUAAGGAAUUUGUUGUAAUUGUUAGUUGUCACCUAGUUUAUCAGAAAAAUCAGUGUCUAGUCUGUCUUGCUUUUAAUUUCCCUAAUAAAAACAGAGGAUUCUC